UGUUUUGGUAUUGACCCACAUGAGUCUUUUGUGUUGGCCACACCGGGCAAGACAGUUGUGGAUUAUGCACUUUUUGAUGAGCUUCAGGAUGAGUGCACCCUGUACUUGUGGCAGCAUAAAGAUCAGACUCUGCCGACUUCGACGGAGAAAAACAUUAUGUUCACGCCUCAUUAUGACACCCUGAUCAAGAGUGGGACUCAUGAGUACUACGCCGAAAACCAGAAAGCUCUGCCUUACGCUCUUGCUGAGCUGGUGGACAAUUCCCUUUCAGCCACAGCUAAAAACAAAGGGUUGAGGACCAUAGAGAUACGACUGGUAUUUGAAAAAACUCUUGGAAAAAAUGGAGUUCUUGUUUUGGAUAAUGGGUGUGGCAUGACAUCAACUCAACUCAACAAUUGGGCCGUCUACAGACUCUCCAAGUUUUCAAGGCAAAAUAGCAAAUUUUCAAGUGAGAAAGAAGGAUAUGUGCGCCCCGAUGACGUCCCCCGCAGUCUAAACAGUGAUAUAUCUUACUUUGGAGUUGGAGGAAAGCAGGCAGCAUUCUUCAUUGGGGAUUCAGUCAGGAUGAUCAGCAAACCGUGGGACUCUCCAUAUGUGCAUGAAUUGGCUUUAUCCAAAGAGGAUUUUCAACGAAAGGAGGAGAACAACGAGGAUGUUUACACGGGGAGGAUUGUAAGCAGAAUGCCAUGUGACCCCUCCCAAAUAACAGACGAUGAGCGCUUUCUCCAUGAUGUUGUUCGGGAGGAGUCUGGGAAACAGAGCUUCACUGUUGUCGUUAUCACAGGAAUCCUGACAGACCACAUAAACUAUCUGAAGCAAGACUUUGAAACGUGGACCAGAGAGCUAGCGCACAUUUAUCACUACUACAUACACGGCUCCAAUGGAAAUGUCUUGAGUCAACCAAGCUGUCCAAGCAGAGAUCUUACCCAGAAAAUCGACAUUUUGGUCACGUUGCGGGAAAAGCCUCCAAAAAGUCCCAUUUUGCUGAAUCUCAGAUACGUGAACAAUGACAUGCAGACUCUGUACAUCAACGCCGCUGCUGACUCCUUCGAGUUCCAGGCCACCACUGCAGGGGAUGGCGGUAAAGUGGAGGGCGUCCUUCGCUAUCAUCCGUUCCUCUACGACAGGGAGACGUACCCCAAAAAUCCGUGUGCUUCUCAAGCCUCCGAUAACGGUGACAGCGAUGACAAUGAAAGUGAUGCUGGAGCAAGAGGGAAGAAGGACAUCUUUGAGUGUUUCUGGAACGGACGGCUCAUCCCGUACACCACCGUGUCUGAGUUUGACUGGUGCUCUCGACCAAAGAAAGGUUCGGCUCUGCCCGCCGAGUGUUUCAGUCGCCUUUCGGGGGUUCUCUUCACCAACGACAAAUUUUCCGUCAGCACAAACAAACUCAAGUUUAUGGAGUUGGAGCUGAAACUGAGGAACAAGGAAACCAUCUUCACCCCCAUUUUAAAAGACCAGCAAAAGUUUUCAAAAAGAGGGAACAUAGAGAAGGAGUUCAUGCAGUGGCUUCAAAGCUGCCAUGAAAGGUACGACAAGCAGGUGAGGUUUUUUGGCUUUAGGAGGACCAUAACACGAACCGAUGUGCCCGGAAAACAAAACAGUCCCUGGGGAGAGUUCUCUGCCAUCGAGUGGGAUGGAAAAAUCUACCAAACUGGCCAACUUGUGAAGUCUCAGAGAAAAACCCCUACCCUGUAUGGCACUAUAGUUCGAUUCCUGCUCCAUGGGGAGUAUGAUGGAGACGUCUUUGCCACUGGGGGAGAGGUGGAGGUCACUCGGGAGCCUUCUGCUCUCUACAAUGACACCAAAAUCAUGCCCAUUUCCAAAAUUGACCGAACCGCCACUGAUGAAGUCAUACUAAAGGGAAUCGAGAAAGAUAAUGAUAAGCUUCCAGAUAAGCUUAGGUUGGAGUGGAAGGAGGAAAUCCUCAACCCUCAGAUUCCUGCUGGGUCUUCAAUUGGACCUCUUUUGGUGGAGAUUCUAAACAGGAAGGGGGACGUGAUAUCUCACAUAAGCGCCGGUCAGGGACCAGGGACGUGGCUGAGUGUCGGCCUCAAAGUGAUCCGACACGAUCCCAAAGAAGAAAAGACCAUACUUACUUUAACUGCACCAUUUUUGAAGUCUUCAAAAGGACACUGGUUCAAAAAAAAUGGACCAUUAAACGAUCUGGGCAAGUACUCUUUGGUUCUGAACACCAUCGUAGGUGAACAGGACUCCACUUGUCUUGGAAACAGGAUUCUUCCAAGCCACACUUUCCACUUUACCAUCACAGCGGCCAAAGAAGACCACUUCACUCUCAGCCAGCUGAGCCCAGCCUAUCGUGUGGGAAAUCCCUUUGAUAUUGUUCUGCAGAUAAAGGACCACUUUGGUCACCCUACGGCUCUGUCUUCCGACACCCAGCCAGUCCUACAAUGCAGUGGCCUUGACGUCAGUUAUGAGACGGUGAGCAAAAGUGACACCAAGGUCACCAUCAAAGGGGUCGUAGUCAGAGGAAAGAUCCAGAUGCACCAGCAGGAGAAGAGUUAUGACCUGCAUGUGACCCUGCCAGGUCUAAAAAAAUCCAAAGAGACUGCACACAUUGGCCUUCUUCCAGGCGCUCCACAUUCUGUGCACGUGAAGGAAGAGUCAGCAGAAGUGGAGAACGGGAGCCCCGUCAUGUUUAAUGUUGAAAUUCACGACGAGGCCGGAAACCUCACAGCCAAUCCAAAGCAGCUGGUCCGCUGUCAGGUUGAGGGGUUUAAACCGGUCGUGAUCGACUGCUGCAAAACAGGAGCUGGCCAAGUCGUCACGAAGCCCGUCCAGCUGAACAUAACGGACGGAGAGCCGCAGACGCUUCAAGUCAAAUUUGAGCUUCUUUCACAGAAGAACGUAGCACCCGUCGUGAUCGGGUUGAAAGUCGUACCCAGCACCCGAGUCGCACGGAUAGAAGUCUACUCUCAGAGUGAGGAUCUGGUUCUGCGGAACAAGGAGAAAAUCAGCUGGCCAGCAGGAGGAUUGUUGGAGAACUUGUGCUACAGGUUGUUUAAUGAGCGCGGCGUUGAGGUGCCGCUCACCGCCGACAUCACCUCCAAGAUCAAGGUUAACUGGACAGGAGAUGCAAACAGUGAGGAUUUGGUUCUGGGGAAGCUGCCUGAAAUCCAGGUGCCCACUCAGCUGCAGGGGGAGCGUUUCUGCCAGGUCUCCUACCAGGAGCAGAACGUGUCUUUCUGCUUCACCGUCACCCCUUGUGCAAAUGAACCAUCGCGGCUGAAAGCAACUCUUCCUCAAAACACGCUGAAACUCGGUCAAGUCCUGGCAGAACACAUCUACUUGAAUCUUGUGGACCAGUUUGAUAAUGUAACCAAGAGGCUCCCCCAGGACUCUAUGAAGGACAUGACUGUGGAGGCUGACGGGCUGGACACUUCCAAAAUCUCAUUUGCAUGGCAGCAAAGCAGCAACUCUGUGGCGCUGAAAGGCAUUCGCUUCCACUCGGGCCCUCUGGGACCCAGAGAGCUCUGCUUCCACUACAAAAGCUUCGAGGAGCGGGUCAUCAUCAAAGUGACGGCUGGAGAGCCUGCAGAGCUGAAACUCAUCAGCGGACCAGAGCAGCCGUUGCAGGUGUUGAAAGGCCACGGCAUCCCCACGCCAUUCCUCCUGCAGUUGUGUGACGAGUGGGGAAACCCUUCCCCGGAUCAGAGGGUCGUGGUAGAAGUGCGGUCUUCAAGACAAUCACUAAAGUUGACAAUGCCCGUCAUAUCCCAGCCCGUGAAUGCAGAAGGGAAAGCCCAAUUCUCUGUUUUGGCUGUGAACGGAUCAAAGGGGUACUAUCAGUUGAAUUUUAAAGGUUCCUUCAAUGAAAAACCCAUCAGAGGUCCCUCAGUUUUCCUCACUGUUAUUCCCGAUCCUAACAAACCUGUCAGAUUGUCAGUGGAGUACGACAAGACCGCCAAGCUCCUGGCAGGAGGCACCUUCCCCGUUUUUUCAGUGACUGUGGUCUCCGACGAGGGAAGUCCAAUAACGGACAUCAACCCAGCGGAUUUUUCCAUGCUGCUGUGGAAAGGAGAGUCAUCCACUCCUCCAGAAACGACCCCUGUGAUGAAGUGCAGCAAACCAAUGGAAAAUGAGAAGAAUGAUUGUUAUUAUUUCAGAGAUAAAUCAAUUCCAGUGCAGAUCGGACCACACACCAUCCAGUUCACCCUACGAAACGACAAAACCAAAGUCCCGCUUCUGACUCAGAUCAAGAUAAAUGUUGUCCCCAAUCAGCCUUUCAAACUGGCCCCCACCUCCAUCCCCAAAAUCCCGGUUGUUUCCUACAGCAUGGAGAUGCCCAGCAGAACUUUGGUGGAGAACAUGACUCUGGUGAUUAUGGAUAAAUUUGGAAACCCUGCAGGACAGAACCUAAAGGGGAGGGUGACCGUCUCUAUAAGCUGUCCCGAUCAGGAGAGGAGGAGAAAUCUUCCUUUAUUUGAGGGGAAAACCCAGAGCGUUCACUUUAAUUUAGAAAAAGGAGAAGCCCACAUCAAUAGGUUGGCCAUCAUGGAGAAGAGUCCUGGUGAGAACGGCAGCAUCUACGUCCUGACCUUCCAUCCUGACGUUUCCACACCUCUGGAUCCUUUUCAGCUCAACUUCCAUUUCUACAACGAUGUGGAGAACCAACAAAAAAUGGCAGAACUGACCAAAAAGAAAGAGAACCUCACUGUAGCUAUUAAUCAGUUUGCUCAAAGAAAUGAGUCACUUCGCAAACUUGGGACUUUAUUGGCACAGCAAUUCCAAAAUGCAGACUAUAAAGUGGGCACCCUCAGAAAUGAGAUGAAUCAACGUGGCCUGAAUAUCCCUCCCUCUCUACCUGUUUCACGUGUUGAGCAGAUGAUUCAUGAGAAAAUGGCUGAGGCUGCACAGUUUGAGAGAGCACCAAGGAGAGUUUGCUCCAUCCCCAACAACUUCAGUGGACCAGAUGUUGUGGGAGUGGUCGGACAUUUGGCGCUAAUUGAGGAUGAUGAUGCUGCGAGGGUCAUCUCCUGGCAUCUCGGAGGAGACAUGGACUGCGUCAUCACCAGGACAACAGAAGCAGCCAAAAGGAUCUACGACGACACUCAAGGCAACCAGCAGGUCCUGCCCCUGGACAGCAUUCGGAAAAAUGCACUUGGACGGACGCUGCCACACAUAAAAAACGGCCGCUCGCUCUUUGAUCCAGACGGGAAUCCGGUUUUUGCCCGGCACUUGCUGAUUUGCCCCAAGGAAACGGAGAUCUGUACCACCGUGUUUCGAAACCUUCUUGAUGACACCAUUGUGAUGGACGACUUGAACUCUGCCACCAACUACAGGAGGGAGGUGAUGAAGAUCCAGACGUAUUGCUCCACCAUACUAACCAGGGACGGGAAUCGGGUCAGCGCCAGGGGCAAGUUUGGAGGCUCCCAGAACAAAGCGCCUCCGAUUGGAAGACUGCGCGUGUUCGCAUCGCCUCUCCCUCAACGCUACUACGUUCUGAAAGAGGAAACAGAGAAGUUGCGCGAGUACCAUGUUGCUGUAACAAAGAAGGAAAAAGCCGAAGAAGAUCAAAGGAAUCACUAUAAGUCUUUGGAAUCGCCAGAAAUGAAGCAGAAGCAAGAACAACUCAACCAAAUGAAGCUGCAGCUUCAGGAGAUUGAAAUGCAGCUUGCAUCAGUGAGGCCAGAGAAGCGGCGUUCCAGACCUUCAGCUGAACCUUCCAAUUUUUCCAAAAGACAAAGAGGAGAUUCCUUCUUUUCCACAUAAUCGACAGUUUUUUUGUGUGUUCUUUUUUGUUGUGCAUUUUUAAUUUUUUACUCUUUUAUAAAUGUUUGUUUUUGCAAAAUACCUCAUAUUUCUGAAUGUAAACAAAAAAUAAAUUGAUUUAUUAAAA